GUGAGUCUGAAGGGGGGAGUGGGUCGUGGGGAGGGCAGAGUGGAGCUGAAGAUCAGCAACAUAACGGGAACAAUAUGUUCGGAUCGCUGGGACGACAGGGACGCAAAAGUCAUCUGCCGGAUGCUCGGAUUCAACAAAGCGAAGGCAGUACGGAACGCACGUGACAGGUAUGGGAUGGGCAGUGGGUUGAUCUGGGCCAGUGAGGUGGCCUGCAGGGGAGAUGAGCAUGACGUCACCGAAUGUUCGUCCAUCUUCGUCGGCAGACACAACUGCUCACAUCUUCAAGACGCUGGUGUCAUUUGUUCA